GUCAUUUCCUAUUUGUCGUGGCAGCUUUUCUUUGGUCCAAUAUACAGCACAAUUAGUUGAUGCCUGAACCUGAACAAUGACAGCGAGCGAGAUACUAGAACGGUUAAAGUCUACACAGAGCGCAGAGGAUAUCGAAUCUCUCACACAACAGCUUUUACCACUACAGGCUUCUUUUCUGCUCCCACUUCAAUUACAGAUCAUCACAACUUAUCUCGAUAAGAUAUUACCAGUGUAUAACAGCCUGAAGACCACAACCAAGCUGAAAAUAAGGAAACUGUUCAUUUCAUGCGCUGCUAUAUCACAACUUCUCAACCAGUAUAAGCUGUCAGGGAAGAAUGAAGUGUACUUCCAAUUCACAAGAGAUUUGAUUCUAGACCCAAGCCUUUUGGGCUCAACCUUAGAGUCGUGCAGCGGGAACAGAGCAGAGCUGAAACAGACGAGAGCGUUGUUUUUUGGAUCAAAGAUCUUCAACACUUUCGAAGGUAAAAUCACCAUGGAUGAUUAUAUCAAGAUAGUCUCUAGACAGUUGUUACAGGUUUGUAUGGGCAUGAACGAUCCACCGGUGGAUUAUUUCCUUGCACUUUUAUCAUUACAUCCCAUAGAAGCGAAGGUUAUACUAUUUGAUGAAUUCCUACAUGCUGACAGACUGAAAUAUUUGUCAAGUGCCUUACAUAGAAUGUCCCAUUUACAAAAGAGACAGAUGUUCAAUUACUUGAUACCAUAUCUCGCUAACCACACGGGCAUCAAUAACUUGAGCACAGUUGCAUCAAUAUUAUCUCAAUUAGAUAUUACCGGAGUCGAAAAACAUAUAAUAACGACUCUGAGUGAGGUUGACAACUGUGAACUUCAACAGUGUUUUGUUAAAGUAAUUGGACAACAUUUACAACAGACACAGUAUCUCCUAUCUGUAUGGGGUGAUGGUGUGUAUAUUGCGGAUGCAGCAUCUGAGAAGCAAGAGACAAUGACCAGACUGAUACUUAUUGAACUGCUAUAUCUGGAAAAGGAUCAACUGAAGCAGUUAUCCUCAGAGACAGUGUUUCUCUCUGCUAUCACAUCCAGGAUCUCCAGUAACGAUACGAGACUAAGAAAUCUAGGAAUGAUGGUCGCAAAGAAACUAACUUGUGGUGAAGUUAGCAUUGAUAUGGAAGAUGAAAUUCAAGUGGAGAAGCCAAAUAUUUUAAUCUCAAACACUAUUGAUUUCGCAGACUUACAUUUGGGCUCGAUGCCUAAUCUUUCAAUUUCACAUAUGAAGACCACUCAAGUGGACUCAGACGAUGAAAACGAUGAAGAUUCCAGUGAUGAUGACGAUGAGGUUGAUCAGGACCCUGUUUUCCUGAAGGACUUGAUACAGAAGUUUACAGACAGCUCAACUCGAUCAGUUACACGUUUACUGCAAGUAACUGUUAGACUGGUUCGCCAAAAGGCAACGUUCGGGUCAGAGCUACAGUUCUACUCACCAGAGUUAAUUGCCAUUCUCUUGGGGCUCUUGAACAAGUAUGAUGAGGAUAACUUCGAAGAGCUAAAGCUCAACGCAAUAGUCGCUGUGAUUGUUUCAAGCCCACAAAUCAUAUCCAAAGUUUUCGAGUUGUUUUUCACAGGUGAUUACUCACUUCAACAGAGAAUGAUCACUUUAUCUGCUAUUGGCCUCAGUGCGAGAGAGCUUCGUGGCUUCGAUGAUAAAGAUAUACAAAAGCCCCAGUUUUCAUUCCCAACAUCACAUAUUCCACAGAGGGAACAGCGUAGAGAGCAAAUCGAAAGAAGCAAGAAGAUUGUGGAAAUUGAGUCAGAUGAUGAAAUGGUUGGAACGGUCUUGCGGAAAUCUUCCAAAUUGACAAAGCCAAAGGUACAAACCAAUAAGAACCUCUUUGCAAAACAUGCAACCAAGUUCUUCUACCCUUUAGCAAAUGGAUGGUCUGCCGGCAUUGAUCUUGGUGGGUAUAACGAACUCUUUUUAAAACAUUAUCUCUCAACGUUGCAUAUAGUGUUGCAAGCUUCGUACCCUUGUCAUUCUUAUGAAGAAAUGGUGGAUGCAUACACACAGAUACGCGAUAGUGUUCCUAAUAUUACACUGUAAACAGAGUUACGUAUACUUCAUUCAUUCGUUAUAUUAUUAAAACAUC